UCUGUUCACACCUAGAAUGUAGCAGCAUUGGCGAGUUCACACAUAUUAGAGGAUCAAACUGCAGAUCCAGAACCUCUCACAGAACCUCUCACAGUCUGCCAGACACACUGCUAGCGACCCUGGUGAGUUCACACAGAGAGACUGGAAUAUAGAUUAUCUCUGGGAGCUCAGUGCACCACAGGAACCAUGGUCUCUCUCUCUCUGAUCCCAAGCUUUACACUGCAGCUAGCAGUAGGACAGUAUGGAACCAUGGUCUCUCUCUCUGAUCCUAAGCUUUACACUGCAGCUAGCAGUAGGACAGUAUGGAACCAUGGUCUCUCUCUCUCUGAUCCUAAGCUUUACACUGCAGCUAGCAGUAGGACAGUAUGGAACCAUGGUCUCUCUCUCUCUGAUCCUAAGCUUUACACUGCAGCUUGCAGUAGGACCGUAUGGAACCAUGGUCUCUCUCUCUCUCUGAUCCUAAGCUUUACACUGCAGGUAGCAGUAGGACAGUAUGUAACCAUGGUCUCUCUCUCUCUCUGAUCCUAAGCUUUACACUGCAGCUAGCAGUAGGACAGUAUGGAACCAUGGUCUCUCUCUCUCUGAUCCUAAGCUUUACACUGCAGCUAGCAGUAGGACAGUAUGGGACCAUGGUCUCUCUCUCUCUGAUCCUAAGCUUUACACUGCAGCUAGCAGUAGGCCAGUAUGGGACCAUGGUCUCUCUCUCUCUGAUCCUAAGCUUUACACUGCAGCUAGCAGUAGGACAGUAUGGAACCAUGGCCUCUCUCUCUCUGAUAGCAAGCUUUACACUGCAGCUAGCAGUAGGACAGUAUGGAACCAUGGCCUCUCUCUCUCUGAUCCUAAGCUUUACACUGCAGCUAGCAGUAGGACAGUAUGGAACCAUGGCCUCUCUCUCUCUGAUCCUAAGCUUUACACUGCAGCUAGCAGUAGGACAGUAUGGAACCAUGGUCUCUCUCUCUCUGAUCCUAAGCUUUACACUGCAGCUAGCAGUAGGACAGUAUGGAACCAUGGCCUCUCUCUCUCUGAUAGCAAGCUUUACACUGCAGCUAGCAGUAGGACAGUAUGGAACCAUGGUCUCUCUCUCUCUGAUCCUAAGCUUUACACUGCAGCUAGCAGUAGGACAGUAUGGAACCAUGGCCUCUCUCUCUCUGAUCCUAAGCUUUACACUGCAGCUAGCAGUAGGACAGUAUGGAACCAUGGCCUCUCUCUCUCUGAUAGCAAGCUUUACACUGCAGCUAGCAGUAGGACAGUAUGGAACCAUGGUCUCUCUCUCUCUCUGAUCCUAAGCUUUACACUGCAGCUAGCAGUAAGACAGUAUGGAACCAUGGUCUCUCUCUCUCUGAUCCUAAGCUUUACACUGCAGCUAGCAGUAGGACAGUAUGGAACCAUGGUCUCUCUUUCUCUGAUCCUAAGCUUUACACUGCAGCUAGCAGUAGGCCAGUAUGGGACCAUGGUCUCUCUCUCUCUGAUCCUAAGCUUUACACUGCAGCUAGCAGUAGGACAGUAUGGAACCAUGGUCUCUCUCUCUCUGAUAGCAAGCUUUACACUGCAGCUAGCAGUAGGACAGUAUGGAACCAUGGCCUCUCUCUCUCUGAUAGCAAGCUUUACACUGCAGCUAGCAGUAGGACAGUAUGGAACCAUGGUCUCUCUCUCUGAUCCUAAGAUGUACACUGCAGCUAGCAGUAGGACAGUAUGGAACCAUGGUCUCUCUCUCUCUGAUCCUAAGCUUUACACUGCAGCUAGCAGUAGGACAGUAUGAAACCAUGGUCUCUCUCUGAUCCUAAGCUUUACACUGCAGCUAGCAGUAGGACAGUAUGAAACCAUGGUCUCUCUCUGAUCCUAAGCUUUACACUGCAGCUAGCAGUAGGACAGUAUGGAACCAUGGUCUCUCUCUCUCUGAUCCCAAGCUUUACACUGCAGCUAGCAGUAGGACAGUAUGGAACCAUGGUCUCUCUCUCUGAUCCUAAGCUUUACACUGCAGCUAGCAGUAGGACAGUAUGGAACCAUGGUCUCUCUCUCUCUGAUCCUAAGCUUUAUACUGCAGCUAGGAGUAGGACAAUAUGGAACCAUGGUCUCUCUCUCUCUGAUCCUAAGCUUUACACUGCAGCUAGCAGUAGGACAGUAUGGAACCAUGGUCUCUCUCUAUCUGAUAGCAAGCUUUACACUGCAGCUAGCAGUAGGACAGUAUGGAACCAUGGUCUCUCUCUCUCUCUGAUCCUAAGCUUUACACUGCAGCUAGCAGUAGGACAGUAUGGAACCAUGGUCUCUCUCUCUGAUCCUAAGAUUUACACUGCAGCUAGCAGUAGGACAGUAUGGAACCAUGGUCUCUCUUUCUCUGAUCCUAAGCUUUACACUGCAGCUAGCAGUAGGCCAGUAUGGGACCAUGGUCUCUCUCUCUCUGAUCCUAAGCUUUACACUGCAGCUAGCAGUAGGACAGUAUGGAACCAUGGUCUCUCUCUCUCUGAUAGCAAGCUUUACACUGCAGCUAGCAGUAGGACAGUAUGGAACCAUGGUCUCUCUCUCUCUGAUCCUAAGCUUUACACUGCAGCUAGCAGUAGGACAGUAUGGAACCAUGGUCUCUCUCUCUCUGAUAGCAAGCUUUACACUGCAGCUAGCAGUAGGACAGUAUGGAACCAUGGUCUCUCUCUCUCUCUGAUCCUAAGCUUUACACUGCAGCUAGCAGUAGGACAGUAUGGAACCAUGGUCUCUCUCUCUGAUCCUAAGAUUUACACUGCAGCUAGCAGUAGGACAGUAUGGAACCAUGGUCUCUCUCUCUCUGAUCCUAAGCUUUACACUGCAGCUAGCAGUAGGACAGUAUGAAACCAUGGUCUCUCUCUGAUCCUAAGCUUUACACUGCAGCUAGCAGUAGGACAGUAUGGAACCAUGGUCUCUCUCUCUGAUCCUAAGCUUUACACUGCAGCUAGCAGUAGGACAGUAUGAAACCAUGGUCUCUCUCUGAUCCUAAGCUUUACACUGCAGCUAGCAGUAGGACAGUAUGGAACCAUGGUCUCUCUCUCUCUGAUCCUAAGCUUUACACUGCAGCUAGCAGUAGGACAGUAUGGAACCAUGGUCUCUCUCUCUGAUCCUAAGCUUUACACUGCAGCUAGCAGUAGGACAGUAUGGAACCAUGGUCUCUCUCUCUCUGAUCCUAAGCUUUAUACUGCAGCUAGCAGUAGGACAGUAUGGAACCAUGGUCUCUCUCUCUCUGAUCCUAAGCUUUACACUGCAGCUAGCAGUAGGACAGUAUGAAACCAUGGUCUCUCUCUGAUCCUAAGCUUUACACUGCAGCUAGCAGUAGGACAGUAUGGAACCAUGGUCUCUCUCUCUGAUCCUAAGCUUUACACUGCAGCUAGCAGUAGGACAGUAUGGAACCAUGGUCUCUCUCUCUCUGAUCCUAAGCUUUAUACUGCAGCUAGCAGUAGGACAGUAUGGAACCAUGGUCUCUCUCUCUCUGAUCCUAAGCUUUACACUGCAGCUAGCAGUAGGACAGUAUGGAACCAUGGUCUCUCUCUCUGAUAGCAAGCUUUACACUGCAGCUAGCAGUAGGACAGUAUGGAACCAUGGUCUCUCUCUCUGAUCCUAAGAUGUACACUGCAGCUAGCAGUAGGACAGUAUGGAACCAUGGUCUCUCUUUCUCUGAUCCUAAGCUUUACACUGCAGCUAGCAGUAGGCCAGUAUGGGACCAUGGUCUCUCUCUCUCUGAUCCUAAGCUUUACACUGCAGCUAGCAGUAGGACAGUAUGGAACCAUGGUCUCUCUCUCUCUGAUAGCAAGCUUUACACUGCAGCUAGCAGUAGGACAGUAUGGAACCAUGGCCUCUCUCUCUCUGAUAGCAAGCUUUACACUGCAGCUAGCAGUAGGACAGUAUGGAACCAUGGUCUCUCUCUCUCUGAUAGCAAGCUUUACACUGCAGCUAGCAGUAGGACAGUAUGGAACCAUGGUCUCUCUCUCUCUCUGAUCCUAAGCUUUACACUGCAGCUAGCAGUAGGACAGUAUGGAACCAUGGUCUCUCUCUCUCUGAUCCUAAGCUUUACACUGCAGCUAGCAGUAGGACAGUAUGGAACCAUGGUCUCUCUCUCUCUGAUCCUAAGCUUUACACUGCAGCUAGCAGUAGGACAGUAUGAAACCAUGGUCUCUCUCUGAUCCUAAGCUUUACACUGCAGCUAGCAGUAGGACAGUAUGGAACCAUGGUCUCUCUCUCUCUGAUCCUAAGCUUUACACUGCAGCUAGCAGUAGGACAGUAUGAAACCAUGGUCUCUCUCUGAUCCUAAGCUUUACACUGCAGCUAGCAGUAGGACAGUAUGGAACCAUGGUCUCUCUCUCUGAUCCUAAGCUUUACACUGCAGCUAGCAGUAGGACAGUAUGGAACCAUGGUCUCUCUCUCUCUGAUCCUAAGCUUUACACUGCAGCUAGCAGUAGGACAGUAUGAAACCAUGGUCUCUCUCUCUGAUCCUAAGAUUUACACUGCAGCUAGCAGUAGGACAGUAUGGAACCAUGGUCUCUCUCUCUCUCUGAUCCUAAGCUUUACACUGCAGCUAGCAGUAGGACAGUAUGGAACCAUGGUCUCUCUCUCUCUGAUCCUAAGCUUUACACUGCAGCUAGCAGUAGGACAGUAUGAAACCAUGGUCUCUCUCUCUGAUCCUAAGCUUUACACUGCAGCUAGCAGUAGGACAGUAUGGAACCAUGGUCUCUCUCUCUGAUCCUAAGCUUUAUACUGCAGCUAGCAGUAGGACAGUAUGGAACCAUGGUCUCUCUCUCUCUGAUCCUAAGCCUUACACUGCAGCUAGCAGUAGGACAGUAUGGAACCAUGGUCUCUCUCUCUGAUCCUAAGCCUUACACUGCAGCUAGCAGUAGGACAGUAUGGAACCAUGGUCUCUCUCUCUGAUCCUAAGCUUUACACUGCAGCUAGCAGUAGGACAGUAUGGAACCAUGGUCUCUCUCUCUCUGAUCCUAAGCUUUAUACUGCAGCUAGCAGUAGGACAGUAUGGAACCAUGGUCUCUCUCUCUCUGAUCCCAAGCUUUACACUGCAGCUAGCAGUAGGACAGUAUGAAAACAUUCAUCAUUUCCAAUUCCUGACAUAUUCUCUUAUAGAACCACUUCAACAGGUAGCCUAGCGUUUCAGAGCGAUGGGUCAGUAACCGAAAGGUCGCUGGCUCGAAUCCCUGAGAUGAAUCUGUUGAUGUUCCUUUGAGCAAGGCAAUGAACCCUAAUUGCUCUUGUAUGUGCUAAAUGACUAACAUGGACAUGUAACAUGUAGUACAGUAUACCUUCAUAAGAGGAAGUUAGAGAAUACGUUUUUCACUCUGUCUGUUCCAGAAGUUAGAGAACACGUUCUUCACUCUGUCUGUUCCAGAAGUUAGAGAACACGUUCUUCACUCUGUCUGUUCCAGAAGUCAGAGAACACGUUCUUCACUCUGUCU